CUCCACCCUCCACCCUCCGCCUACGUCGUCGGCACUAAUUGAGUCCCGUCGUAUCAGUCAAUGACGUUCUGAGCGAACACACCUCGUGAAGCUCUUUUAUAGAACUCGCUCUUAAUUUGUCUCUCCCUCCCAUAAGCGCCCGCAUCAUUCGAUCUCGGUGUCUUACCAUCGACUGCCAAGCAAAGCUAUGUCUCUCGCUGGCGUGAGAGGCACCUCGCGUGUCCUGCGUAACAUCGCAAGGCCAGCUGCUGUAUUCGCGACAUGUACUCGUGCCGCAUCUUCCAUAGCUCUGGAGGACCAGCAGCAGGUGUGUCUCCUUCAAUUGGGUUGAUUCAACAAGUUUAGCAUCUAAUGUUCCUGUUCCUCAACCUAGGCCCUCUCAGCCCAUCUGAGCAAAGCUGACCCCGCUGUCUUCGACAUCAUUGAGAAGGAGAAAGACCGCCAGAAGCAUUUCAUCAAUCUGAUUCCCUCCGAGAACUUUACCUCCCAGGCUGUACUCGAUGCUCUUGGUAGCGUGAUGCAGAAUAAAUACUCGGAGGGAUACCCAGGGGCCCGUUACUACGGUGGCAAUGAAUUCAUCGACCAGGCCGAAAGGCUUUGUCAACAGCGUGCCCUUGAAUCGUUCGGACUUGACCCAAAGUUAUGGGGUGUCAAUGUUCAAGGUUGGUUGCUAGGAGCUUUUCCUCUCAAGCGACUUACAUUGGCGCAUGUGAUGCUGACUAUGGCCUCUCAGCUCUCUCUGGCGCUCCAGCGAACCUCUAUGUCUACUCUGCCUUGCUAAACACCCAUGAUCGGUUAAUGGGUCUCGAUCUACCACAUGGCGGCCAUCUAUCUCAUGGUUACCAAACACCCACAAAGAAGAUUUCAGCGAUAUCAAAGUACUUCGAAACUUUGCCGUACCGACUGGACGAGACUACAGGAUAUAUCGACUACAACAAGUUGGAGGAGAUGGCAAGCAUAUAUAGGCCAAAGAUUAUUGUCGCUGGUGCGAGUGCUUAUAGCCGGCUAAUCGACUAUCAGCGCAUGCGGGAGGUCUGCGACAAGAUCAGCGCCUACCUACUAGCCGACAUCGCCCAUAUUUCUGGCCUUGUUGCAGCAAAGGUCAUUCCUGGUCCCUUCGCCUACGCCGAUAUCGUAACCACAACAAGCCACAAGAGCCUAAGGGGUCCCCGAGGUGCUCUGAUCUUUUAUAGGAAAGGCGUACGGAGACAAAAUCCCAAGACGAAGGAAGAUAUUCUUUAUGAUCUCGAAGGUCCUAUCAACAGCUCCGUGUUUCCCGGUCACCAAGGCGGUCCGCAUAACCACACCAUCACCGCUCUUGCUGUAGCUCUUAAGCAAGCCCAGACUCCAGAAUUUCAAGCAUAUCAGUCCCAGGUUCUGAAAAACGCCAGGGCUUUCGCAAAGCGGCUGAGCGAGCCCAAGGGCAAAGGCGGCUUGGGAUACAAGCUUGUCAGCGGAGGCACAGACAACCACCUGGUCCUGGCUGAUCUCAAACCCCAGGGCAUUGAUGGUGGUCGAGUUGAGCGCGUCUUGGAGUUGGUAGGUGUGGCAGCCAACAAAAACACGGUCCCAGGGGAUCGUUCUGCUUUGGUCCCUGGUGGCCUUCGCAUGGGUACUCCUGCCAUGACUACCCGUGGCUUUAACGAGGAUGAUUUCGUUCGUGUUGCUGACGUUGUGGAUCGUGCCGUCACCAUCACUUCUCGCAUCGACAAAGCUGCUAGAAAAGCAGCAGAGGAGAAAGGUGAAAAGAGCCCUGGCAAAAUAAAGGUUUUCCUAGAUCACCUCGGUGAUGGUGAGACGGAAUCCGAAAUUGUCCAACUACGAAGUGAGGUUGAGGAUUGGGUUGGCACAUAUCCUCUUCCAUGGAGCAGCUCAGAAUAAUCUCCAGAGGGUGCUCCAAGUUGACAACCGAGGGGUCGGUUCGUUGAGUAUAUUUUCCUCCUCACGGUUCUGGAACAAUAGAUACCAAACAUUGUAUAAUUCUCUUCCCCCAUUUUUCUCCCCUUGUCUUUUUGCGACGCCCGAAAGUCUCCCACGGUUCCUCUACGUCCUCUGUUGCCAUGGAAAGGUAUUGUCCUUGCUUUCAACCUGUUUUUUGGUCACCACUGUUGUGCUGCGCUUCACUGAUCACUUAGAUAAGAAGAUCGUGUUGCUGCAAUGAACAAAGACAUAGGUAUACACGUAUGAUCCCAUACACAUUUGCAUCAAUAAUUUGCUUCCCCGUUCGCAAAGGACAAGGUAUUACCCAGGCACUACCUAAUCAUGAGGAUCACCAUUUUACCACUUGUCUAAAAUGUAACCAUCGAGCAGGGGUAAUCUCCUAUGACUGUUGCUGCGACUGCUGGCCAAGCACCUUCUUGAAACUGGGCCUCUCGCCAACCCUCUUAUAGUAUUCACACAGCCUUUUCUGAUCCCGGAGAGUCUCUGCUCCUGUUUCUUCCACCAUGUUGUGCAAAACUGGCCAGAAUGCGAAAUCCGGCAGAGACAGUUCCACGCCAGCGAUGUUAGGUCCAUUAUCUUCAGCGAGGAACCCGUCCCAAACUUCAAGCUCUUGUUUAAGAGACUUCGUGUCUCGCUUGCCGCUCUUGGCUUCCUUCGGAAGGCUUUUCCAGAUAUCCAAAAAAGCCAAGGCUCGCUGGAAACGAGUGAGCCGAAUGGCCAAGUCCUUUGGUGCUUGUGGGGUGCUGCCAGGUCUCCCAAGCCCAUAGCGGGCAUCAAUGUACGACAUGACAGCCAUAUCACCUUGAACCAUGGAUUUGUCCUUGUCCACGAAUUUGACUGAUAGAUUCUCAGAGUCUGUUGCUGCGGAUCCAGUCGUGAUGCUUCCCUUUGCGUAGUUCACGCUGAACUCCGCUAACAUGAGAGCAAUGCGCAUAUUGAUAGUUGGGUCACUACAGGUAAAGAGGCGAGGUGCGUUGCUCAUAUGCAGUACAUCGAACCCUUUCCCAUAAUGUGCGUCCCAAUCGAAUUCGCUUGAGUGGUUCUCUGUCCCAAAAGCUUUCAGCAGCUCGAUUGCCUCGGUAGACUGUCCAUUGAUGACGGCGUGGGCAUCCUCGGGGGUCUUGGCCUUGGCGCCUUGGCCCCAUAUAAGAGUCUCUUCGCCAUUCAGGAACGUCCCUAUCUGCCUGAAAGUUAGAGAGAUUCGCCCUCCUUCAUAUGCAAGUUCGGCCGCGGAUUUCUCCUUCUUUGAACGCUUGUCCUGACGGAUGGCAUGCAGCCACUUCAUGUUACUCUUCAAGCCUAGUCGGCAUAGAGAAUUGUGUGGGAGUCUGGCACGCUGUAUCACCCUUUUCGAGGUUGUUGGAGAGGUGACAUCCUCCUGUGAAGGGUCCUUAUCCCUUCUCUUUGUUCUGAAAGUCAUAGUUCGUUCAGCGCCGAGGCUCACGUUAGCGAUAUAAGAUCCUUUGACGAUAUCCAGAGUCUUGUCGCUGUGUUCGGAGAUGUAGUCAUUUCCAUCUCGGUAGUACUGGAUCAGCACAUGGUUCAGAGGAUGGCCCAGCCGUUUCUCGGUCUCGUAUUUAAUAGCCAGUACCGUAGGAGAGAACGACAGCAGUGGAGGAGAUUCGUCAGAUGGAUGACGGUAGACUGGGAUGCUCCCGUCUGGUCCAAUCUCACCUUGAACUGCAACAAGUCGUGGAACUUGUCCACCCUGGUGAGACAUUCGCUGCCACUGAACCUCCUCGCGCAACUUAUCGAAAACGCCCUCGAGUAAUGGCUCAGGAAGAACAUUCUCAAUGAUGUCGGUAUCUCCUUCGCACAGGCCUUCCUGUUGAAGGUUGGCAUCAUGUAUAGCCGCUGGUUUGUUCAUCUCAGGUAUUUCCUGUGUCUUGUCUGGUCGUGCUUUCAUUGUCUGUACUUCGUGCUUGCUGGGGGGUUGGGCUGGAGGUAACGCAAUGGUCUGUUCUUCUUUCUGGCUUGUCUCGGCUGGAGACGAUGGGGCGAUGACUUGGUCUGAAUUUUGUGUAGGAUUAUCCUGGGAAUCUUUGUUUGUGCUUUCUCCUUGGUCUUGAGAAGCAUGAUCCAAUGAUGCAGAAUCUGGUUCGGCUUUGAUGGCAUCUGCGACAACGGCUUUAACAGGGGAAUCCUUGGCCUUGUUCAGUUCAUGUAUGCCAUUGGGUGCCUCAGUAGAUUUGAUCUGAUUGACGCCAUUUGAUUCUCUAGCCUUCGAUUCCGGGCUGACCUCUGAGUCACGGUGUUCAGCUGCACUUGUCGACGACGCCUUUGGCUGGGGCUGAGUCGGUGUUGAUGCGGGGCUUGGGGGACUUGAAGCCAGUCGAAGACUUGUCAUGUCCUUGACAAAAUCCGGGGUAGUGCUCUUCUCGCGACCCUCAUCUUUUGAAAGGUCUGGCUUUGCAGCUUGGGGUUGUUCCUGGGCCUUGGACGAAGAUGGGGGCUUUCUUGACUUGGGGGGUUUGGACUUGUGUUGUAUCACCUCCAUGACCUCGUCAUACGAGGCAAUUUCGCAUCCAGUCAGUUCUAUUAGAGAGGCUAUUGCCGAAGUCUUUCUGGACUCUGAUCGGUAACCACAACAGUCGUCGACGAUGGUGAUUGCCAUUCCAUGGCCUGCGGCAUCAAGAGCUGUGGCAUAUACACCAAUGUUGGUGAGAGAUCCACAAAUGAAGAGUUCCAUGACCAUCUUAGCACGCAGUAUGCGCAACAGGUGGGUUGACUGGAAGGCUGAAUAGUGGGAUUUGGUCAACCUUGUGUCUGUUUUGGGCAAUGAGUCUUCUAUGGCUGAAGCUAUCCGGCAGCCAGGCGUGUCCGCCUUGACACACGUAGCAUCCUCAUGGCUCAGGAAGGCCUCUUCAUCUGGCGGGCCAUCGUCGUCGAUUGGUUGAACAGGGAUGUUUGGUCGACCUCUCUUAGAAGCUCGUGGUGUUUUGGGCGCCAUGUCGCUUACAAGGAUUUGUUCUUCAAGCACAGGUCGGGUCUCACUAAAUUGUGACUGAACCCACACAACGUCACCGACUCCUCGAAAUGCCUGGGCCAGCUUGAUCGUCUGGUCCACAAAGUUCUCCGGCUCGUGGACAGGUAAAGCACCAUCCUUGGAUAUGAAGUCAUGCUGAAAAUCCACGCCAAUGAGGGCUUUGCGAGUUGUUAUUUGAGGCAGGGAAGCUUGGUCGAAAGGAAACAUGUUGAAGGUGGGAGCAAUACAAUAGGGAACUGACUGUAUCGCUGGCAAAACGAGUUAACAUGUUGGACAAUGGAAUGACACACCCGAAAGUCCAGCAUUCGGUAUUUGAGGCAAGAUAUGGCUAUAGACGGGCAGGGUGGGAUUGAUGGCUUUGAUAUUGCGGGCUUUAGGGCCCUAUUGAAGCCAAACUCUUUGUGAUGCAUGCGGCAAGUGAAUUGAAUAAUUGUGCAGGGUAAGGGGCAUCUGAAUAGGUACCUUUUAGGACUCGUAUGGUCUUGUGUUACUUGGUGAUUAUAAUUAAGGUAAGGUAGAUAGAUAAAUAUAUCCAUCUACAAGAGAAUCGGCAGCUCGGUCUAGGCUUGUGUCGUUUCUGACUCGUGCA